CGGCGAGUGAGGGGCGUGUAGCUGCUGCAGGAAAAAGCGCCAAACUUCUGCGUUCCCGCGAGAGCACGCGUCAAGUCGCCUGUGUUUGCGCGGUUCUCAUCUAAAAUUCAGAUUUAAAUCGGCAGAUACUGCGCGAAGAUGUAAACGUAUACGUGUGGAGUCGCUAGGCAAAGCGUUGACUGCUCAGGUGUUGACCUAUCUCCUCGAUUUAGUUCGCGGUUUCUCUCUAGUGGGCGGAGCAGAAUGCCCGGUCUGCAGGGCGACGGAGUGGUGGCUCCUCUGGGAAGCCCCAGCAAAAAGAGCCGCCUCUCCCUCAGGUUUUUUCAGAAGAGAGAAACCAAACGAGCGCUAGACUUCUCAGAAACUCAGCCAGAGGAGCCAAGCGCCGCAGAGCCAGAAGAAGCUACAAGUUGUGACCAGGUGGUGCCAGUGCCUUGUCCCUCUUCUCUUCCUUGUGGAAAGCGAGAGAGCCUUGCUCCUUUUGUGGGGCUUAACAAUUUGGGAAAUACCUGCUACUUGAACAGCAUCCUUCAGGUCCUGUAUUAUUGUCCUGGUUUUAAAGAUGCUGUUAAGUUGCUGUAUCAUUUGUCCAAGUUAAAAGACAAACAGAAAGAAGAUGGCCCUAAAAAUGAAGAGCAGGGAGAGUCUUGUGAUGAUUCCACACCUGUUCAUAUGGAAUUGCUGAGCAGUUUAUACAGCCUGAUCUCUUCACUGGAGCAGCUGCAGUCCAGCUUCCUGUUCAACCCAGAGAAAUAUAGUGAAGGAGAGUUGGCCACACCACCACGGAAAGUUCUCAAGACACUCAGGCAGCUGAAUCCCAUGUAUGAGGGAUAUCUGCAGCAUGAUGCACAAGAGGUACUGCAGUGCAUUCUUGCAUACAUCCAGGAGGCCUGUGACACCAUUAAAAAAGAACAAGGCUACCAAGAUGAGUCUAGCAAUGCCUCAGGAGAGAGCGACUCUAUUACAAGAGACAAAACAGCAGAUAAUUUCACAGCUACUCAAGAGGAAGAGGAUAAUGCUGAUGGCCAGCUGAGCGGGAAGAGAAAGAGUGACACAGAAGCAGGUAAUGCCAAGAAAAAGCCCAAGUCUCAAAGCAGACCCAAGAAAAGCGAAACGGAAAACAAACCAUUCACUCGCUCAAAGAGAAAAUCCUCUGGCGAUGUCACAGGGAAUUCUCUCUGUGAUCAGAGGGAUGAAACGCAGGGAGAGGGGGAAGGGAAAGAAGAGAAGGAGAGAGGCAACAACACAGAGGAGAAGAGUGAAGGAACCCCAAAAGAGGUGAAUAAAAGGAAGAAGCGAGCAAAGCUGAGCUGGUUGAAAUCUUCAGGGAAACAGCCCAGUAUCUUCUCCAAAUUUCGCAGCAUGGGUCGCAUCAGCUCACAUGUGGGAGAUAGGGCAGAGAGCAAAGAGGACCAGGUCAGGACCAGUGAUGACUCUCAGGAUUCCCAAGGCAAAGGGAAGGCCAUUGAAACUGAAGAGCGCACAGAAAAUCUGGAUCAGACUGCAUCAAAAAAAGAAGAACGGCAGGGCUUGGAUGUGCUGAAACAGCUAUUCCAGGGUCAGCUUGUGCUUCGGACACGUUGCCUGGAAUGUGAGUGCUACACAGAGAGGAGAGAGGACUUUCAGGACAUAAGCGUUCCAGUGCAAGAGGAUGAAACAAACUGUUCAGACUCCAGCUCAGAGAUUUCUCCAGAUCCUAAGCCUGAGCAGAAGACACUUAAAUGGGCCAUCUCUCAGUUUGCGUCAGUUGAGCGGAUCGUUGGGCAGGAUAAGUACUUCUGCGAGACCUGCCACCAUUACACAGAGGCAGAGAGAAGUCUACUGUUCGACAAGACCCCUGAAGUUGUCACUAUUCACCUCAAGUGUUUCUCAGCUAGUGGUUCUGAAUUGGACCCAUAUGCUGGAUUGACUAAGGUAAAUACUCCUCUUCAUACCCCUCUCAAACUUUCACUGGAGGAGUGGUGCACACGACCCUCCGCUCCUGAGCAGGGGCAUCACUACAAGCUCUUUGCUGUGGUCAUGCACAGUGGAGUCACCAUUAGCAGUGGCCAUUACACAACCUACAUCCGCAUGAUUGAUCUACACCGCACUGUUCUUAAGCCCCAGCCUCAUGAAGAGGGGGAGAAAGAGGAGGAUGGGGAGAUGAAACCUCUGAAGAAAGAGGAGGCAUGUCCACCAGACUAUGACGACGGAGAGGUGUCAUUCAGCUUGAGUGGAAAAGGGAAAAAUGUGACAAAUGGAACUAGCAUGAUGACAACUGCUAGCAAAGCAGGAGGAAAGAGGGUUUCAGAAGGGAUUGGUCUCUUGGGAGGUCAGAGGAGCAUCUCUAGCUAUGAGCUUGGCAGCAGCAAGCAGGCCAGUUCAGAGAAGCCUGUAAAUAUAGCCAGUUCUGCCAGUACUCCUGUGAAGCAUGGAGGGGUGAAAAAAGAGAGGGAGUAUGAAAGUGAUGCUGUGAAAGAAGAGAGUGAGGUGAGCUUUGACUUGGCUCUGCAGAACCUUCUGGACUAUGAGGGCAAGUGGAUGCUGUUUGAUGAUUCUGAGGUGAGGCUCUGCGAUGAAGACGACUUUCUUAGAGCCUGUUCUCCUGAAACCUGUUCCACCUCCACACCUUACCUCCUCUUUUACAAGAAGGUCUCAGGAGAAAUAAACUGAUGACUUCAGACUGUAACCAUGACAUCAGAUCAAUAAUUUCCAUAUUUACCAGAUUCUGGUCUGCUUGUCAUUCGUGCAGAAGAAAUGAGGUGAAGGCUCAGUUGUGAUAAAAUCUCAAACAGACUUUGUAAGACAUGACAUUUGUGCCUGUAUAUGUGGUUCUUGCUCACCAACUAUUUUGUACCUAACGUACUUGUUUUGUCCAAGUCUUCAUACCCUUUGGUCCACAUUAAUUAAGGAUCAUCUUUUGGAUGGUCCCCACAAAAUGCACCUUGGCACUUAACUGCAGUUCACGUAUUGUUUCUGUACUGCAAGCCUUUCUUUCCUUAUGGCCUGAAAUGAGUCAAGUAGUUUGCUCAUGCACUGGGUUUUAUAUUGGAUGUUUUUAAAGAUAUUCUUGUACAUUUAGCUUUUAUCCUUGAAUGGCUUCAGGUUGUUAGGUAGUUGAAUUGGUGUAUAUAGAAAGGUAGCAUUCAGGUGAAACUUUUAUUUUUUGGUUAAAGCAAGAACAGAAUUGAUCAAUCCCAGCUUUAAGUUCUUGUGUUAACUGUAUAGACUGGACUUGCACACAAGCAAAGCAAGUAUAGCCUGAACUGUUCAGAGCCAGAGUAUAUUGUCUGUGGGUAACUGCAAGACUAUCUAACCUUAUUUUUCUAGUUCAUUAUUUGCUACCAUACCUCAUUCCAGUGAAAGAAGCUUUUCUCUUGUUCUUUCUAUGUUGUAAAAGACCUGAGCCUUAUGCCUCAAAGCUAGCCCAUUUAGCAGGAUGACUCCGAAUCUGCUCUGAUCAUUGAAGCAGAUCACUGUUUGGCAGACAAACAGUCAUAGGUUGUGUAAUUUCACAAAUACAGUCAGUUGACUUAUUCAGGAAGCUAACUCUAAGGAAUAAGGCUCUGCUCUCUGCUGUGGUCACUGGUGUAAAAACUAAAGCCAUUGCAACUGCCUAUAAGCAAUAAAAAAAAAAUUACAUUUUUUUUUUGCUACAGAGAAGUAAUCUAUGACUACAGUAAAGGCUGUUGGUUUGUUAAGGGGAGAGGGGAAAUCUAUGUAAAUAUUCUUUCAAGUUUUUUGCCGUUUUAUAGGUUGUCUUGUACCCUUAUUAAAACACCAGCAUAUUAAAAAAACUUCAUUGUA